CAUCUGAAUACUAAGCUAAGGCAGAACGCUCAUGAAGUAGCAACUUAAGUGGCAGUGUUUAUUCUGAAAUCUUCAGGCAGCUAGAUUGUUUCAGGCAAAUCUGGAUAAAAUAGUCCUUAUCCAGGUUUUCAUCUAAGGAAUUGCGAGAAGACCAGGGAAUGGAGAGACCGCAAAGGUUUAUGUCAGAGAAAGAUGAGUAUCAGUUUCAACAUCAGGGAGCGGUGGAGCUGCUUGUCUUUAAUUUUUUGCUCAUCCUUACCAUUUUGACAAUCUGGUUAUUUAAAAAUCAUCGAUUUCGCUUCUUGCAUGAAACCGGAGGAGCAAUGGUGUAUGGCCUCAUAAUGGGAUUAAUCUUACGAUAUGCUACAGCACCAACUGAUAUCGAAAGUGGAACUGUGUAUAGUUGUGGAAAACUGGCCAUUAGUCCAUCAACUCUGCUGAUUAAUAUCACUGACCAAGUUUAUGAAUAUAAAUACAAGAGAGAAAUAAGCCAACAUAACAUCAAUCCUCACCAAGGCAAUGCUAUACUUGAAAAGAUGACAUUUGAUCCAGAAAUCUUCUUCAAUGUUUUACUGCCACCAAUUAUAUUUCAUGCAGGAUAUAGCCUGAAGAAGAGACACUUUUUUCAAAACUUGGGAUCUAUUUUAACAUACGCCUUCUUGGGAACUGCCAUCUCCUGUAUCGUCAUAGGGUUAAUUAUGUAUGGCUUUGUGAAAGCUAUGGUACAUGCUGGCCAGUUGAAAAAUGGAGACUUCCAUUUCACCGACUGUUUGUUUUUUGGUUCACUGAUGUCUGCAACAGAUCCAGUGACGGUGCUGGCCAUUUUCCAUGAACUGCACGUCGACCCCGACCUAUACACACUCCUGUUUGGGGAGAGUGUGUUGAAUGAUGCAGUGGCCAUUGUCCUCACAUAUUCUAUAUCCAUUUACAGUCCCAAGGAGAAUCCAAAUGCGUUUGAUGCUGCAGCAUUCUUCCAGUCCGUGGGGAAUUUCCUGGGGAUCUUCGCUGGCUCGUUUGCAAUGGGGUCUGCGUAUGCUGUUGUCACGGCACUGUUGACCAAAUUUACCAAGCUGUGUGAGUUCCCUAUGCUGGAAACAGGCCUGUUUUUCCUCCUGUCUUGGAGUGCCUUCCUGUCUGCUGAGGCUGCCGGCCUGACAGGAAUAGUCGCUGUUCUCUUCUGUGGAGUCACCCAGGCACAUUAUACCUAUAACAAUCUGUCGUUGGAUUCCAAAACGAGGACUAAACAGUUGUUUGAAUUUAUGAACUUCUUGGCCGAGAAUGUCAUCUUCUGUUACAUGGGCCUGGCACUGUUCACGUUCCAGAAUCAUAUCUUUAAUGUUCUUUUUAUACUCGGAGCCUUUCUGGCAAUUUUUCUGGCCAGAGCCUGCAACAUAUACCCCCUCUCCUUCCUCCUGAAUCUGGGCCGAAAACAGAAGAUCCCCUGGAAUUUUCAGCACAUGAUGAUGUUUUCAGGUUUGCGAGGAGCAAUAGCAUUUGCCUUAGCUAUUCGGAACACAGAAUCUCAGCCCAAACAAAUGAUGUUUACCACCACACUGCUCCUUGUGUUCUUCACAGUCUGGGUAUUUGGAGGAGGAACAACCCCCAUGCUGACUUGGCUUCAGAUCAGAGUUGGUGUGGAUCUGGAUGAAGAUCUGAAGGAGCCCACCUCACACCAGGAAGCAAAUAACUUGGAUAAAAACACAACCAAAACAGAGAGUGCUUGGCUCUUCAGAAUGUGGUACAGCUUUGACCACAAAUACCUGAAACCAAUUUUAACCCACUCUGGUCCUCCGCUGACCACCACAUUACCUGAAUGGUGCGGGCCAAUUUCCCGGCUGCUCACCAGUCCUCAGGCCUAUGGGGAGGAGCUAAAAGAGGAAGACGUAGAAUGCAUCGUGAAUCAGGACGAACUGGCCAUGAGUUACCAGGAGCAAGCCACCUCGCCCCACAGUCCUCCUGCAGGGCUGGGUCUGGACCAGAAAGCGUCACCGCAGACUCCAAGCAAAGACAACCUUUACGAGGGGGACCUCGGCCUAGGAGGCUACGAACUCAAGCUUGAGCAGACUCUGGGUCAGUCCCCACUGAAUUAAUGGUGGACAGUGCAGACAUGAUCACAAGUAAGGCAAGGCUCACCGAGAGAUUCACGUCAAGCUGGGGAGGCGGUGUAGGGAAGGGAGGCUGGAAGGUACAGGAAGAGCAUCAAUUGGAGAGAACCAAAACCUUGUCACAAGUAUCCUCCAGUGCCUAAAGAAAUGAGAAUUUAUUAUCGCCCCUCUAUAUCAUGCAACUGAAUUUAAGUUUUUGACAGCAGCCAUUUUUAUUAGAGACCUUGGUGGGGUGGGAAGGGCAGAGAGGCCAGGGAGGCAGGAGGCCCGCUGCUGUGAGGGAGGAACGGACGCACUUGUGUCUGAGGGUGUUUCCUGUCGGCAUGCAGCUCUCCAGGCCCUUCGCUUCGAUUCUGGAUUUCAUUCCCCUCAUUAGGGAGAGUUUAAGAACAAGAAACAAAAGUUUCUGAGGAUAAACAUGUGGCUCCUAAGCUGAAGGGAUGCCCAGUUAUUUAGUACCGGAUCAUUUGUAUGUUAUAAAGACCUAGACUCCCACGUGCCCUUAAUGACUUGAGGCCUAUUUGCAAAGCCCAGACAAGGGACGGACACCACUGCUGAUGGCCUCACAGAAGCCGUGCCGUGUGGCGACCCACUGUUCUUGUGGGCAUUCUUGUCAAGCUGCUUCUCCCACAGAAUGAAUGAAGGGGUCACUUCCAGCUGGGCGUACCUGCACUAAAUGUAGUGCUUUCCAGCUUGGUAGGACCCCUUCCAGGGAGAGCGGUUUUCUUUUCCCCCAUCCUGUAUUUUACCUGAAGAAUAAGCCUUUCCCAUCCUCACUUGCAUCCGAGUCACUCCUCGGCCCUGUGACAGGUCCCCUCUGUAUGCGGGGUUAUGAGGGUCCACAGCACAGGCUGUUCUCCACGUGGCGGGAGUCAGUGCAGCAGUCAUGGCCCGUCCUCCAAUCCCAACCCCCACAGCGGGUCAGCAAGAGCAGAAGCUGGAGGAGCAGAGCCCAUGAUGCGUAGACUGUACUGAAGCCUCAAGAACGCAGCCUGGGGACUCCCCUUAGAGAUACGGCUCGUCACCCAUGACAGAGAGAACGACACAAUAGCUUUUAAUUCAGCUGCAUGAUCUGUGCCUUUUAAGCCAUAAAGAUACCUCAAGCCUAGCUUCUCUUGAAAUACAGAUGUUAAUAUCAGACUCCAAAAAAGCAGGCUCUACUCUUAGGUGCCCCGGCUAUGAUGGGUCUGCUCCGGAAGGAGGCAGGGAGUGGUGUCUUCCUCAGGCCCAGAGCUCGGAAAUCACAUACGCUUUGCUAACCAGUCGUUAGGCUGUUAACCAUGGUGGUGUCAGGCACACUGCUACGUACACUGAUUUUCCUACUUUCCAAACAGCAGGGUCCAGGGGCACAAAUUGUUUUCUACUCAGCUAAAUAUAGUCUGGUCAUUCCAGGUAAACAUGGCAAAUGGCAAAGCAUGGAGUUUUCUAUUUGACCUAAUCCUAAUAAACUUUUGUUAUAAAGUA